AUGGAUCAAUAUCCGCCGCUCGACAUGGCGCAGCCUUCGCCGUACCCCACUGGUGAGAAGAUCAGCGUCAUCGUCGACAAGGACAAGUUUGUGCACACGCGCAAUGCUCUCACCAACGCCUUCGUCGGGCUCUCUGGCGCCAUCGACACAGCCGUCAAGGCCUAUGUCGCCCACACCAAUGCCGUCCUCGACGAAGGAAGCACGCUCGACGUCAGCUACUUGAUGCAACCGUUCAACAACAUCAACAACGUCGCCCAGCUCGCCCACCAAGUUCUUCAAAAUGGCAAUGGCGCAAUGCCCAUCCCCGGCAACGUGUGGCCGAACGGCAACAUCCCACAAGGCUUCAAUGCCGACGGCAGCAAGAAGAAACGCCAGUACAAGCCACGCGACCCAAACGCCCCGAAGCGUCCUCUGACCGCCUACUUCCGCUACCUGCAAGAGAUGCGCCCCAAGAUCGCCGCAGAAGUCCAGGCUAGGGGACCGCCUGCAGACGGUAACAAAGCUGGUGACAUCUCGAAGAUCGCUACCGAGCGCUGGAACAGCCUUCCCGCCGGAGAGCAAGCCCCGUACCGCGCUGCGUACAAGAAAGAGAUGGUCAACUACGACGAAGCAGUCAAGCAAUACAAAGCACAAGGCGGUGAGGUUGGCGAAGGCGAAGAGGACGCAGCUGCCGAAGAUGACGACGAGGUACCUUCCCCUUCAGGCCCUGUCACUGUCAAGGCAGGCGCGGACGAGGAAGAGGAAGAUGACGAUGACUCCAGCGACGAUAGCGACGACUCGAGUGAGGAGGAGUCGGAAGACGAGCCAGCGCAACCCGCGCCGCCGCCGGUGAAGGCGGAAGCCGUGAAGAAGACACCCAAGGCAAGGAAGACGGCCAAAGUGAGUGUGCCCAAGCAGAGGAAAGGCGCGUACAACCAAGUGAUGCAAUGCAUCGUUUGCCAUGCCGUCCUUCCGAGCAACGCUAUUGCCGAUCACAUACUAAACCAUCAACAUCAGGCAGGAGCAGACCCGGUCGCACCUACCCCACAGCAACUCAGCAGUCUGCAGGUGAAUGGCUUCGCACCACCUGCUGCUGAGAUGGCUGCGCUUUCCUCAUCGCCGACUCGCAAACGUAAGGCGGAUCCUACGCCAGGCGACGGCGAGAAGAAGAAGAAGGGAAGAAAGUCGAACGCCGACAAGGCUGCUGAAGCGGCUGCAACACCGUCUUCACAGCUCGUGCCAGAGUCGAGCGAGAAGCUGAAGAAGGAAAAGAAGGAGAAGAAGAAGCGCAAGCCCGAGGCAGCGGCCUGA